CUUUUGAAUAGAUGCCGCCAUAAUAUCAUCAUCCUCUCCACAUCACUUUCUUCUUCUUAUUUCUUAUUUCUUAAUCCGGAGGACGCAUGCAUAUAUAUAUAACUAAACUGAGAUCUCAAUCCAUCGAGUGUUUACUUGAAUUAUCACUCUUUUAUCUCCAAAGCGUCUUUACAAAAGAAAAACAAAAAGCAAAAGAGAUGACAAAACUACCAGUGAAGUUCAAGAAAAUGGCGGCUGCUAUGUUCAACGAGGCCGCUCGGUUGAGGCUUUGCGAGAGAAGUGGGAGUGAACACUGCUCGCCUGAUCAUGAUCUCUCUCAGCUUGUCAAUUCUUUUAUCGAAAGAGAUGACCAUCCCACAAUAUUAUUUAUGGAGUCAGACAUCAAAAUCAAUCACCCUCCUGAUGACGAUAAUCAGGAACAUUAUUCAGUUUCUGAUGCUGAAAACAAGAAUAUAUUGGAGAGUCUGCUCAAUAAGGAAGAUGAUGAUGAUGUGAGGAAAAAGAUUCGAUCAGAGACAGAAAUUGCAUGUGGGAUCAUAGGAGAAAGAUCGUCGCACGGCUUUCACCGCAGUUUGAUGUCGCAUUUGCGCCACCUGGGCUUCGAUGCUGGUCUUUGCAAAUCGCGGUGGGAAAAAUUUGGGAGGUAUCCAGCUGGAGAAUACCAGUAUGUAGAUGUGAAUGUUGGUGGGAAUCGAUUGAUUGUUGAAGUGUGUCUAGCAGCGGAAUUUGAAAUUGCUCGUCCCACCUUAAACUACACCGCGUUGGUCGAUGAUUUUCCUCCAGUAUUCAUUGGUAAGCCAGAGGAGAUGAAGCAGGUUGUGAGAUUGAUGUGCAGUGCAAUAAGGGAGUCGAUGAAAGAGAUGAAGCUGCACGUCCCACCAUGGAGGAAAAUUGGGUACAUGCAGGCCAAGUGGUUCGCACCCUACAAGAGGACAACCAAUGAAAAUUUAACUAAAAUGAGAUCAGAAUCCCACCACUCUUUUGCUACAAAACGCUCUGCUGGAUUUGAGGCUUUCCCGGCGAAGGCUUACCAUUGCAGAGAUAAUCAUAUCGGUGGUGGUAAGUUAGUGGGGUUAAAAACUGGCUAUUUGACUGCUGCAUUCAAUGGCGACAUCUAGCCGUGGGAAAAACGCCCAUACUUUUGUAUAUAGUGACAAUGGAUUUUUUAUUUUUAGUUAGUUGAGCGAAAGCCAGAUGUUGGUUUUCUUACUUUGUUCUGCUGGAAAUGUUAAAUUACCAUUGGAUUGUCGGAAUUGGGACAGUGUAAAACUUCUCAUCUCCUUGGCAAUUUGUGAGCUGGAGACUUGAGUAUUUAUGUAUUGUUAUUUUUUCUUUUAUUGGAA